AGUCACAAUAACGCAUCGAGAAAUUGGCUGUGCGGACGGGGAUGUCCCGGGGCUGCGAUCCGGAGGGAUGAUGAUGAUGGCCAAAGCGCUACCCGUGCGUUUGCCGCACCCGGGCGUGAUCGUCAAGGAAGAGCCGGACGAUGACUCGGACAUUGACGAGCCCAACUUACUGCUCAAGAAGUCAGACAGCGCCGAGGCGCAGAUCAUCCACAGCGGCCACUUCAUGGUGUCCUCACCGCACAGCGAGCACCCGCCCAAGAAAGGAUACGACUUCGAUACAGUAAACGAGCAGGCCUGCCAGACAUACAGCUUCGGCAAGACCAGCACAUGUCAUCUGUCCAUAGAUGCCUCCCUCACCAAACUGCUGGAGUGCAUGACACUCGCCUACAGUGGGAAGUUGGUAUCACCCAAAUGGAAGAACUUCAAGGGCUUAAAGCUUCAGUGGAGAGAUAAAAUCCGUCUUAAUAAUGCCAUUUGGCGCGCAUGGUACAUGCAGUAUAUAGAAAAACGUCAAAACCCAGUGUGCCACUUUGUGACCCCUCUCGAUGCAUCAAUAGAUUUUGAUGAGCACCGUCGGCCUGAGGCAAUAGCUACGGAUGGAAAGUACUGGAAAAGAAGAAUUGAGAUAGUAGUUCGAGAAUAUCACAAGUGGAGAACAUACUUCAAGAAAAGGUUACAGAAGCACAAAGAUGAGGACCUCUCCAGCUUGGUUAAAGAUGAUGAUGUUGUCCCAUGGAAACGUGUGGAUGGCAGAGAAACCCCAGUCCCGAUGGAGGAAGAGCCUUUCUUGGACAUGGAACUGCUUAUGGCGGAGUUCAGUGACACUUUAUUUUCUACUAUUUAUUCACAUCAGCAAUACCCCAAAGAGACAUCUCAUGCCGGGAAUGCAGAUAUGAUACAACCUGAGCUGUUUCCGCUCCAGCCCAACUUGGAUCUAAUGGACACUUUUGAAACCUUUCAGGAUAUCUUCCCCUCCAAUCGUCUGCCAUCAGGAUUCUUCAAUUCUGCCUCUGCUGUUCCCCCCGUCCCAAUGUCUGACACUACUUUACGCUCUUGUAGUCAGGCAUUGCAGCCUACUGUUGUGCCUAGUAGCACCCUAGCACCUGUGAACCUAGAUGAGGAGCUUAUCCCAUCCCCUGGUCCUCCUUCCAUCCUCCCACGUGUCCCAGAAGUGAGAAGAGAACAAGCAGCAAGCGCGGGAAGCAUGUCUAGCGCUCAUCAACCAGUCAAGUUUACUUCAGAGACUUCUAUAAGCAGCCAACAGAAUUUCUUCCCAGUGUUUCCCCCUCCAGUGACGCUCUUCCCAACCCAAUCUGCCCAACCAACUGUGCCUCCAAAUACGCGCCUAGCACCCCAGCCUUCUUUUGUUCAGGCGGACACUAAUAAGUUUCCAUUCUGCAGUAACUCUGUUAUCACACACACUGCCUCUGCCACGCUUACCAACAAUCCUGCAGCAACUACCUUCAGCCAGAGCCAGAACCUCAUUCUUACAACUCAGCAACAAGUGCCUUGUAACAUUUCACUGCAAACAACAGGGGUAACUCCACAGAGUACCCACCAUACAUACUUUGCCCUCCCCACCUCUGGAGUCAAGCAAAAUAAGCAGCCUCAGAAAAUUGUGCCUGCUCCUCCUCAGCCAGAGACUGUAUCUUUAUUAUUUGCCCCUGCUUCCUUCACAGGUCAGACGCAAGCUGUGAUAGUGUCCCCAGCCCCACUCAAGACAGACGCCAUGCUGGCUUCGAGGAUAACGCAGUCCAACGUAGUUAUUGCACCAGCUGGCAUUGCAGGAGCAUCUGGUGUGGCAGAGUUCCAUGGCAGUAUUAUUGUUGGGCCAGCUCAGCAAUCUCAGGGUAGCCAAAAGUCUCAGCCCCGGAUCUUCCCCAGUCCAUCUACUGAGCCUUUGGUCAAGAGAGAAAAGACUCCGUCACAGACCAGCAGAACUGUUCCUUCACCUUCAUCCUGCCGAGAUUGUCAGAAUUCGAGGCAGGGAUCCCCUUGUGCAUCUGAACACAGCCUCAGCCCACCACAAAACUCAGGAAAAUCCACAGCCGACUCUCACAACUUCAGUUGCAAGAAUAAACGACUGAAACAUAUUGCUGCAGAACAGAUGAGGCGAUUUAAUAUAAAGGUCGCUUUCAACACACUAAACAGUUUUGUGUCAUCCAGCACAAAACCGAUUAGCCAUGCCAUCACACUACAGAAGACUGUGGAGUAUAUUGCCAAACUGCAGCAGGAAAGAUCCCACGUGCUGGAGGAGACAAGAAGACUCAGGGAAGAAGUGGAAAAGCUGAAUGUUGCCAUAAAUUCCUGUCAACAGCAGCUGCCAGCCACUGGAGUUCCCAUAACCCCACAGAGAUUUGAUCAUAUGAGGGAUCUGUUUGAGAAAUAUGUGAAGAGUCAGACUUUACAGAACUGGAAGUUCUGGAUUUUCAGUAUCAUCAUAAAGCCUCUUUUUGAGUCUUUCAAUGACAUGGUAUCCACAAACAGCAUCGAGGAGAUGUACAGCACCACACACGAUUGGCUCAGCCUGCACUGUUCUCUUCCUACUUUGAGGCCGAUGGUGCUGCGUACCCUCCGUCAGCUGAGCACAACUACAUCCAUCCUCAUGGACCCGUCAAGUCUGCCUGAUCAAGCCAAGCAGGCUGUCCAUAAGAACAGUAGAGGUGGAAGGGAUACCUAAACCAUGGACAGAUAGGCAGAAGAAAGUGAAUAUGGUCUUAUGUUACAUAGGUCUCCACAGGUGAUCUUUAACACUCCAUACCGUGUACCUAGUCUUGACAGAGGAGAUCAACCUACAAACACAUUCAUGUUCAUCUGGAAUUCCCUUUAAAUGCAA